UUCGUGGCACCCUGCUUGUCAUUACAGCGCGCGCAAAUGUAGGUUAAGUGAAGCAAAAUAUUUACUUCCUGCAAUCGGUUUUUAAGUUUCGAAAAGUGUACAAAGUGGCAAUUUUAAUUGAUAACAAGCACAAUGACGACCACACGGCGACUUUCAAUGAACACGUCGCUGAAAAACGCUCGGAUCUUCGACGACGACUCUAUGGACGACUUGAUCACCGAAAACAUCAAGGAAGACCUCGAGGAGCUUGCCUUCGAUCCCUUUGAAGGCCCAGAGCCCCCCAAAAUUACUCCGGAAGAAUUCAAGGGAAAAACCGAAAUUAAGCAAGAGCUUUUUGACGAAGACACGAACUUUCCAAUCACGACUCAAGCGCUUGAGAACUUCCACAUCAAGAAAGAGGUUCUGGAGGACCUGAGUUCCCCAGUGAAGACUGAGCCCUUCGAGAAUUCCGACUCCAAUUCUCGCAAGAGCUUUAAAAGUGCUAAGAUAACUUUAUUCAAAAAGCGGGACUCCCCCUACAAGUCGACGCGCGAGCGACUUGAGGCCUGCUCGAGCAAAGUCAGCAGUCUAAAUUUGGACGAAAAUGGAAAAACUCCACCAAGGAAAAAAUCCAAAAAGAUUGAGCUUGAAACUGACCCUGAGGUGUUACGGAGGAGACAAAAGCAAAUCGACUAUGGGAAAAACACAAUAGGCUAUGAUGAGUACACAAAGUUGGUUCCUAGACAACAGAGGAAAUCUGACGAUCCCCAAACACCAAACAAAUUUCUAAAGUACUCAAGGAGGGGCUGGGACGGCCUGAUCAAGCAGUGGCGACUUAAGCUACACAAGUAUGACCCCAACGAAGACGAUUAGUUGUAGGAAAGCGUAUUUUAUUAGUCCGUAAGCUCAAAAAUCCAUUUUAAGUUGGUUUUGAUCAGAAAAUCGAUGAAUAAAGUUCUAAGUUUUAAA